AGGUGGAAAAUAUCUGCCUAUCAAAUAUUCUGACCCUAUACAAUCAAGUUACAGUCGCAAAAACACAACAGAUAAUACCAUUACCCUAAUCUUUAUCUGGCUACACCGCUUUUCGGUGAGAAAACAAAGCAAGAACCGAAAAAAUUAGAAAAGAGAAAAAAGGCUAGACAGAAACCAGAUAAUGUCUGGUAUGUAUGGUCAAGAAGGCGAUUCUGGUCCUCCAUCUUACGGCGGUGGUGGUGGAUACGGUGGAGGCGGCCCCGGAGCUGGUGCAGGUGGAUAUGGAGGCUAUGGCGGAGGUGGCCGCGGUGGAUAUGGUGGUCGAGGUGGCGGUGGGAGCGUUGGCGGCAGAGGUGGGGGAUAUGGUGGUAAUUCGCAAAGUCGAGGAGAUGGAUACCAAGGAGGAGAUCGUGGAGGCAGAGGAGGCGGCGGCGGAAGAGGUGGUGGCCGAGGUGGAAGCGGCAGGGACGGUGACUGGCCUUGCCCUGAUCCAAGCUGUGGGAAUUUGAACUUUGCAAGAAGAUCCGAGUGUAAUAAAUGCGGCACUCCUUCUCCUUCUGCUGGCCAAAAUGAUCGUGGUGGCGGAAAUAGAGGAGGAAGUGGUGGAGGAUAUGGUGGUAAUCGAGGGGGGAGAGGUGGUGGUAGUUAUGACGGUAAUAGAAGUAGCAAUUAUAAUGAUGGAAGCAGAGGAGGUGGCAAUAGAGGUGGAUCUUAUGGUGGUAAUCAAGGAAGAGGUGAUAGUGGAUAUAAUCAGGCGCCACCACCAUCUCUUCCUUCUUAUGGUGGUGGUGGAGGUAAUUAUCCACCUGCUCCUAACUCGUACAGUGCAAAUGCUAAUUAUGGAAUGGAAGCAGUUCCUCCACCAACAAGCUAUACUGGUGGACCCACAUCGUACCCUCCGUCUUAUGGUGGCCCUGCUAGUGGUUAUGGUGGUGAUGCGACGGGUGAGGUGAGGAGUGGUGGACGAGGUGGUCAACCUGGUGGUCGUGGUGGUGGUUCACGAUAUCCUGGAGGUAGUGGUUACGGGGCUGCUCCUGAUGAUGCCCCGGCUAAAAUUAAGCAGUGUGAUGAUAAUUGUGAUGAUACUUGCGAUAACUCAAGAAUAUACAUAUCUAAUUUGCCACCUGAUGUGACCAUUGAAGAACUGAGAGAGCUUUUUGCUGGAAUUGGACAAGUUGGAAGGAUUAAGCAGAAGCGGGGUUAUAAAGAUCAAUGGCCCUGGAAUAUAAAAAUAUACACAGAUGAGAAGGGAAACAACAAAGGUGAUGCAUGUUUGGCUUAUGAAGACCCAUCUGCUGCUCACUCUGCUGGCGGAUUUUACAACAAUUAUGACAUGAGGGGCUAUAAAAUCAAUGUUGCAAUGGCAGAGAAGUCAGCCCCGAGGCAACCUGCAUAUGACCACGGCGGUGGUAGAGGUGGCUAUGGUGGUGGAGAUCGACGUAGGGAUAACUACCGAGAUGCUGGAAAUUCUGGCCCAGACAGGCAUCAACAUGGUGGAAACCGAUCACGUCCUUACUGAGUUUCAUCUCUGAGCUGUUUAUGUACUAAGAACUAUGAUCUGAGGGUUUUAAUUAUAUUCCAUUACCUGGGGUUGUUCUUGAACUGGAGACUAAGAGGUAGGUUGUUCACUUGCACCGAGCAGUACCCCCUUUCUCCCUUCCUUGUUCAUCUGUUGCUACCUGGAGGGGUUUCUGCUUUAGGCAUGGGAUUGAUUUAAUUGUGUGGAUGUUUUUAUAGAGGCAAGUGGAUAAACUCCAAAUUGCUUGCUGCUAAGGUAGGUUGAUAUUUUCAGGUGAGUUGAGCCUCUUACAAAAUCACGCUUUAUCCAUGUUUUAGGAUGCGCAAUGUGCUGCAUUGUAGAAAUACCUUUUGAAUGAGGCAUGGGAACUUGUAUUUGGUGUAUGCAUUCCUAUCCUAGGUGAUAUGUCAAAUGAAGUUUAAAAAAAGUUGACCGGCCCUUUCUAGCUUUGGUUUGUUAUACUGAUUGGGAGAUAGAAAUUCCACAACAAUCUGUUUUGUAAGUUUUUUUUAUUUUAUUUUUGUGCUGCAGUUUAAUGUUGGUAGUUUAUAUUUUACAUACAAAUGGAAUUUAGGCAAUGUUCUAGUUCUGGGCAGGGCAGUCGGUCAAUGAAGAAGAAUCCCGUUUGUAUUUAUGUGUUUUUGUUAUCUGGAGAGUGAACCUAUAUUUUUAUGAGAUAUUUUCCCUAUUUUAUCACCCAAAUCUUUGUCUGCAUUAAAGAAUAUGCUCGUGUAUGUGUUGAAAUUACCUGCAUUACUGUUUGGGAUCUGCCUUGUUUUUUUCCAUAUGAUGUUUGUGAGUAUUUCAUAGGGAUGUCUAAUAGCCGUCUAUAUUAUCACCAAUUUUACCUGACACAAACCAUGUACAUGUUGAUUUCAUGAUCUGAAAGGUCUAUAAUCUAUGAUUUUUUUUUUUAGUUGGUUAUAGUAAUUGCUAUAAAAUGCAUUAGGAUUGCUUGGUUAGAUGCACUUCUGAUCAUGUUGCCAUAACACCAGCGAUCAUCGAAUGAUGGCUGGGGUCUCUUGGGUCCACCGGUGCUCUACUGUCCAUAUGCCAUCAACAUCUCUAGUUUCUCGGCAUCCAAGCUGUUAACCAGCAGUAACAUGGAAGCUGCUCAAAUUCUGCAGAGAAACACCUUUUUUUUAUUUUUGGUGUGGUGCUGCUGGUGCCAUUUAUUGCGACGAUUGUCACGGUUUGUCAGAGACAAAAUGACUGACUGCUUCUUUAUUGUUCUCAUGCGACCUCCAACGACCUGAUAUCUUUGCUGUUCCUGACACUAGUCUUCUGCCAUUUCGGGGGUUUAGAAAGUAAAGGUUUAGGGGGUUGGUCGGCGGUAUUUGACAUUUUUUUUAAUUGGAAGUCGAUCAAUUGGUCUAGGGUUCAUUCAUUUUGACUGGCAAUUUGACUUGUUAUUUAUGUAAAUUAACGUUCCAUUUCCUGUUUUAUGAUCCUGGGCGGGUUGAUUUGUUGCUUCUGUGAAA